AUGUCAUCACUAUUAUUAUUAUUAUUAUUAUUAUUAUUAUUAUUAUUAUUAUUAUUAUUAUUAUUAUUAUUAUUAUUAUUAUUAUUAUUAUUAUUAUUAUUAUUAUUAUUAUUAUUAUUAUUAUUAUUAUUAUUAUUAUUAUUAUUAUUAUUAUUAUUAUUAUUAUUAUUAUUAUUAUUAUUAUUAUUAUUAUUAUUAUUUUAUUAUUAUUAUUAUUAUUAUUAUUAUUAUUAUUAUUAUUAUUAUUAUUAUUAUUAUUAUUAUUAUUAUUAUUAUUAUUAUUAUUAUUAUUAUUAUUAUUAUUAUUAUUAUUAUUAUUAUUAUUAUUAUUAUUAUUAUUAUUAUUAUUAUUUAUUAUUAUUAUUAUUAUUAUUAUUAUUAUUAUUAUUAUUAUUAUUAUUAUUAUUAUUAUUAUUAUUAUUAUUAUUAUUAUUAUUAUUAUUAUUAUUAUUAUUACUAUUAUCCUAA